AUGGCUGCAACUUUGAGGGUAAGUCCCGCUGUUCGAAAGUCCUGGCAAUCGGCCGAAACUACGCGCAUGUCUACCGCUCCAUCCUCUCUCCCCGACCAUAUCGCCGAACUCAAUAAUGCUCGUCCAAAACAACCGUUCUUCUUCCUGAAGCCUCCAUCUUCGAUUCUUGAGCCCAGCGGUGGGCCCGUCCUCUGCCCGAGAGGGGUCAAUCUUCAUUACGAAGUUGAAUUGGGACUUGUGAUGGGCAGGAAGCUUCGGGAUUUCGAUGAAAAUGAUGUCAAGGGUGCCAUCGACGCUAUUGAGGGGUACGUGGUUGGUAUUGAUAUGACAGCUAGGAAUGUACAGGAUGAGGCGAAGAAGAAGGGGCUGCCGUGGUCGACAGCAAAGGGGUUUGAUACCUUUACAGUCCUGAGCAAGUUUAUUCCCAGAUCCAAGAUUCCGGAUCCACAUGAGGCCGAGUUAUAUCUUUCUAUAAACGAUGCUAUUAAGCAACAGGACUCCACCAACUUGAUGUUGUUCAGGAUUCCGAGGAUAUUGGCACAUCUUUCCCAGAUUAUGACUAUCGAAGAAGGUGACGUUGUUUUGACGGGAACUCCAAAGGGCGUUGGCUCAGUGAAAGUCGGCGAGACUAUGAAGGCCGGUAUUAGGAUCGGUGGGGUCGAAAUUGACGAAGGUAAAAUCAAUGUUGAUGUUGCAGAGCGAUCUGGACCUUACAUCUUCAAGGAGACAUAA